AUGGACGGCUCCCCUACAUUCUCGAACGAUGAAAAGUUUUCGUCGGUCACAUGCUUUUAUUUCACAGCUCCAGUCUUCAUGACUAGUGGAACUCUUGCUUCGAAUGUUAUCUCCUGUGUAUUAACUUCUUUCUUUGCUUUGUGUUCCACUAUUGGUAACCUACUGAUCGUCAUUGCAAUUUGGAAAACAGCCUCACUUCAUAAGCCAGAAUACAUAUUACUUGGAUGGUUUGCCUUUUGUGACUUUAUCUUGGGAUUUAUCGCUGGACCAGCAUUUGUCGGUUUCAAGGCAGCUGAAAUAACGAAAAACUUUAAAAUAUACUGCGGUGCUCGGUUGACGUUCGAGUUUUUUUCACAGGUUGCUCUAAAUGUUUCAUUCGCACUGUUAACUUUUAUGACAAUUGAUCGUUACCUAUCACUUCAUCUUCACCUGCGAUACAAGGAGGUAGUGACGCAGAAACGAAUAACCAUAGCUGUGUUCGUGGCCUUUUGUGUUUCGAUAUCAAUGAGCAUGACUAGAUUCUGGCUGAGUGACAAGACCUUUCUUCUUAUGACCAAGUCAGUUAAAUUUGCCUUUUUGUGCAUAAUCGUGGCCGUGUACGUCAAAAUCCUCUUGCUCGUUCGAAGGCAUCAACUCAAAAUAAGCCAACACAGACCCUGGAAUUCUACAGACAGUUGCCAGAGAAAUUUAUUUGACUUUGCGCGGUUUAAAAAGUAUGCCUGCACAGUUCUCUUUAUCAUUGUCCUUAUCUUGGUUUGCUAUGUCCCAAUAACUGUUGUUAGCUUUUGUAAAGUUUAUGUCUGCACAGAGAAAGUAGAACAUGCAAAAAUUUUGUACACAUUUAUGGUUACGUUUGUUUUUCUCACGACAUCUUUGCAUCCACUUGUGUUUAUCUGGCGCACUAGAGAAGUUAUAGAAGCAAUUAACAGAAUCUUAUACAAACAAUAA